GUUCCGGGUGCGACCGUCGCAUCGCUCCGGCCGGGAGCUGAGGGCGCUGGGUCCGUCCUUGCUUCUUAAGUCUCUAAGACUGCCGCUGCCUUGUUCCCAGAGGGAUGGACACGAGUGUCCCCGGGCCUCCGUCUCCGGACGGGGUCCCGACAGAGCCACCGGACAGCCUGGAGGUCCGGGAACCGAUGCCUGGUUUAAGUGACACUUCUCCAGAUGAAGGGUUAAUAGAGGACCUGAGUGUAGAAGACAAAGCUGUGGAGCAUCUGGCAGAAGGAUUGCUUUCUCACUACUUGCCAGACCUGCAGAGAUCAAAACAAGCCCUCCAGGAGCUCACACAGAACCAGGUUGUAUUAUUAGACACACUGGAACAAGAGAUUUCAAAAUUUAAAGAAUGUCAUUCUAUGUUGGACAUUAAUGCUUUGUUCACUGAAGCUAAACACUAUCAUGCCAAGUUGGUGAAUAUAAGAAAAGAGAUGCUGAUGCUUCAUGAAAAGACAUCAAAGUUAAAAAAAAGAGCACUGAAACUGCAGCAGAAGAGGCAAAAAGAGGAGUUGGAAAGGGAGCAGCAGCGGGAGAAGGAAUUUGAGAGAGAGAAGCAGUUAACUGCCAGACCAGCCAAGAGGACGUGAGAGUGGUGUUUGUGUGUUUUCUUCCCCUGUCCCUUAUUCUUUGGACGUAAGAUAAGCAAAGUGUAGAGUCACAAGGUAGUGCCUUAAACCAUUGUGUUCUGUUUUGAAAUCCUUAUCCCAGGAUUGCUGUGUCUUCAUAUGUCCGUUUCAUCCAUUCAAGAAGCAUUUCUCUUUAGGUAGUAGAUGUAAUGUCACUUGUUUUGAUCUUUAAAUGUACUUUUUUCAACUUUUGUUUUACUUCAUUUUAAAGUUUGGUAUUUUUGCCUUCAGUCAUGUGAAAACUGGGAAAAAAAUGGUUUGAUGUCAGAGUCUAGACUCUAAAUUGUUAAAAAUUAGUAUGAAUUUUUUUAGCUUCUUGAAUGCAGAUUUUUUUCUUUUACUUUUGCUUGAUUUUUUUUUGUUUUUUGUUUUUUGAGUGCGGGUUUCAACAUUUCCAUUUCUUAUUUUAUGACCUGACUUGCCUUUCUGGCAGGACAACAUUGAUUUUGGUAAUUGCCUUUACAUUGCUUAGUUAAGAGAACAUAACAGUUGUUUAAUUGCGUACGCCCCUGGAAAAGAUGUGGUGUAAGGUUUUGAGAACAACAGAAUGCAAAAGUGUGUGCACAGGAAAUGACAGCACCUUACACGAGGAAGGGGAGCAGCAAGAUGCCAGAGGGAUUCCACUAACCACAUGCUCUGUGCUGUUUAGUGUUGAGCUUACAUAGCUUUUGUGUUCCAGGUAGACUAUUUGUGUUCUUUAAGUUUGGCAAGGAUGGUGGAGCUAUCACACACUCACAUGUGCUUAUGUGUUCACAGUGUUAGUAACAGUCAUAAUACACUGAAAGAGUUUCUUGUUUUAAAAAAUUUCUUAGGAUAGAAUCAUAUGUACCAACUGUCACUUUAUAGAUAAUAACAGGAAUGGUAGGAAAUUAGUAAAUUACUUCUCAAAAGCAGCAGCAGUUUUAGUGUUUUCUAGAAUAUUUACUGGGUAUCAUGUUUGGAAAUUCAUAUGAAGGAAAUAUGUUUUAUUGCUUAAAACUGAGAGUGUAUUAUUCACAGUUUUAGUGUUAUUUAAAAUUCACCUGGUUUCCUAUAUGUAUUGAAAGUGCGUGUUUGGAAUGCAUAUCAUCUGUAACUCACAUUACAUUUUGGUGAGCUGGAAUCACUACCUCUGAUCACAUACCAAUCAAGCUAAUAAUGGAGAAAGCUUUAGAUUUCAAUUCAGUUGCUAAGAACUGAUUUGUUUAAAAGCUUAGCUAAUUUGUUUGAAAGAGCCUUUCCCUUCUUUAAUGAAUGAAUUAUGGUCUCACAAUUCACUUGACUUUAACCUUAUACUGAAUAUAAAUAUAUUUGAAAAAGCUGAGAGUUACCUCAAACACUUGCUACAGCUGCUUGGGGAAGGACUCACUAGAGCUUGCAGGACAAUGUCAUCUACACUGCUGAAUGUACUCCUUUCUAAUGUGAUAUCUGACAGACUAUGCAUUGCUUCUCAGAGUGGGUUUGGAGCAGCUGUAUUGUUUGUGUACCAUUCUCAUUCCUGGACACCACUCUCAAUCUGCUGGAGCAAAUCAGUGUUAAUGCCUCCUACCCCUCUGACCCCCUGCCAUGAUUCUGCUGCAUCUUAAAAAUGAGAAUCACCAGCAUAGUAGUUAAGGUUAGGGUUUCCCACACUGGGCUGUGCCGUGUCACUGUCACCUUGGAAGUUUUGAAAAAUACAUUCUGGAUUCUUAUACUUUAGUUCUGAUGUGGAGCCUGUGUAUACAUUAAAGAGCCCCCCAGAUAAUUCUAACGUAAGGACCCACUGGUGUAGACUAUAGUGCUUUAUAUUUGUAAGUAGUGAGAGAGUUUAAAAGCUAUCCAGUAACUCUUGGAUUAAUCUUAUGAAAUACUGCUCUGCUGCUUUUGAUACAAUGUCAGAUUUAGGACUGAACUUUAGCAGGCAGGAAAUAAAUAUAGAAGUCUGGCUCAUUAAUUGAACUUUUGUAACCUAUGUUAAAAUAAAUCAUGUUUAUUGAAUGAAUGGCGAGGCACAUCUACUUUCAGAAUUGUAUUAUUUAAGUGUUUAAGACUUUUUAAAAUGUCAAAAUGAAUAUAUGUUAGCAUUCACUACUUUAAGGUCAGUUGUAAAUCAGAAGUACUGUUAUCUUGGUAACUAAAAUAUAAAACAUAGCUGUAUUUCAGUAACACAGAGACAUAUCCUGCAGCUGUAUUGGAAUGGAACCCAUUAGUUAGUCUUGCUGUGUUUUUGCAUGGGAGACUUCUGUUUCCUGGUUGAAAAAAAAAUCGCUGUCUUGAAACUGUAUCAGCAUGUAGUGAACUGAAAUGAUGGGAAUCCACUUUGUAUUUUCUCUGCAGUAAGUAUCAUGUAAAUAGACACUGAAUGUAAUAUAGAUUGUGUCCACAGUGAGUUUUUGAGUGGAUACAGUUUAUAAAUAUAUCAGUUAUAUACCUUCAUCUGUUUGUCUGAUUUUAAACUUGUAAAAUGGGAACUACUUUUUAUGCGUUUAAUUAAAAAGACCUCUUAAUUA